CGGUAGCUGAGGAAUGAUCUAACGACAGCCAUUUCAGAGACGACGGUUUCCCUUCUCUUUCUCGUCCUUCUUUUAACUGAGCUCGGUGGAAUAGGCCAACCUCAAGGUACCAAAGCAUAUGCAUAUCAACCAACUUUGAAGACUAUCCUGUUACUUCUUACAAUGGAAAAGCUGUUGGACAAGAAACUCUGUCAUUUUUUCCACUCUUACGAUCUCCGACAUCAAACAUGGUAGCUAUACGGCCAAACGAAAGACCACACUCUCUCUCUUUGCAUAGAAUACCAAGAUGGCUUCUGGUUGUAGGUAUCAGUUUCGCGGUGAUGAUUAUGAAUUCGAUUAGGUACCAAGCCUCCGACGCAGCAAUAAACGGUACAGCAAAAUCCAAGUUCGAAGUGAUUUUUCCAAGACCCGACGGUUCGAAGGACUACAACCUCGUAAAAGGGACUAAGACGUCGUUCGAUGCAUUUAGCUUCUAUUUGAUGGGGGACACACCGGUACGUCUCCAACGAUUUUAAGAAGAAUUUACUGCACGAAAUUUCGAAGGUACUCGGAAUAUUGUAACUGCACUGCUCACUGUUAUGGACUGCUACUUUUGCACAUUGUUUCUUCAUUUCCACCGCAGUACAGAGGUUGGCAGGAAGCAAGGCUGACCCUUCAAAUCUCCGAAAUGAAAGAAUACGUUAAGGGACAUCCAGAGCGCAAUCUAGCGUUUACGGUUCAUGUGGGCGACAUUCAAAAAGUAAACCGCACAAAGUGUGCAGAAUCUUCAUACAAUAGGACUUCUGCAAUAUUAACAGAAGGGUGAGUGAUUCCGAGGCUAUGUUUUGGUGGCAGUUGAUCGGCUCUAAUGCUAACCUUCCUGUCACAUGUUUUUGUACACAUGAUUGCAGCCCUCUACCCACACUUGUCGUACCCGGCGACAACGAUUGGUACGACUGCCCAAAUCGAACAGAAAGCUUUAAUUUCUUUUUGAAGUACUUUGGCGCAUUUGAAACUCGAUGGCAUAAGAAGGACUACAUGUCCUUAGGCAUAGAAAGAUCGAAAGAGAAUAAAGAAUUGUUCGUUUUCUACAAAGAAGGAAUAUUGUUCAUAGGUCUCCAUUUGAUCAAUGCUCCAUUAGACCACGAGGACAUCGAAUCUUGGGAUGCUCGCAUGAAGAUCAACAAAGAAUGGAUGGCAAAAAAUAUUGAAUCCUACUUUCAAAAGUCAGAGAUUCGUGGAGUUGUUUUGUUGGGACACUGCUUGCGUUCCCCACGCACGCGUCCCUUCUUUUUGACAGUAGCUGAUUACUUUGUCAACAUUACUCACCGUGAAAAUUUACCAGUUGUCUAUUUACACGGAGAUGGACACAAGUGGGAUGUCGACACCAAACUUUCCCACCAACUCCAUUGGAAACACUUUCGUGAUAUUCAGGUAGAUCAGGGUGGUUUGGCAGACCCAAUUAUCGUUGAUGUAGCAAGUCAAAAGAGAGGAAAAUUAAAUGUUUUGAAGAAAAGAAGCGACCUGGAGUUGGUUAUUGGAAAAGGCAUGUUCCGGAUCGACCGGCAACGAGGAAAGUACGAAAAUCCGAAAGAGGUGGUGGCUGGAAAAUAUAUCUAGGAAACGCUUUAGAUCAAAUCAAAACUAAAUUCAGAAAAAUCCCAACCUAUCAUUGCUAAUUACUGAGACUGUUAUGUUCUAUUCGUAACCUAGUGUUCCUUAUUCAUGUGAUACAGAAGAACACAGUGACUUUUGAAGUAUCCAGUUCAUAAAGAUAACUUCAAACUUUUCGGAAUUGUCGCAACUUUGGAUUCAAGAUACUUCGAAGUUGAUGUUGUACAAUAUUAUGAUUAAACAUUUACUUUCUUGGUUACGACAUUCUCAAUUGGUAAUCUCCGUUCGCCGUUAUGUACCGUACCCACGGCAAUGCUUGGUAUCCGCUCUUUUCAAUGAUUUUCAGAUACCGCACUUGAAUACCGCUUACGGUAAAGUAUGGAAUUUCAAAAUUGACGCUAAUGGGUUUCUUCCACGAAUUCUCUCCCUUUUUCUGGCCAUCUGGAUCAACAUCUGCUGCACUGAUCGAAGGCAGUCCAAAAUGCGCUCUCAUCAGGUAUUCUCUUCCCCCGUGGAAUUGCUUUAUGUUCCAAACAAUAGCAUCCUUGUCGGGGAGAUAGGUUACGUUUCCGAUGCUAGAUUUGAAUGAAGGACUGUCGACGUCCGGUGGAACUGGAAUAACAAUCUCAACAUUGUUGGCUACACUUCGCGACUUAAAUUGGGAUCUGGUCUUGAUCAUGUACUCGAUACGUGAUCCCUUGUGCGGUUCAACAACCGCUUCGACCCAAAUCAAUGGCUUCACAUGCGUAUUGAGGCGGUACGUCAUCAGAUCGAAUUCACCAUCCGGGGGAAUGAAAGAAAUUGUUCUGUCGUUUUCAAAUCUUGCCAAUCGCACACACUGAUGGAAUUUGAUAUCUUCAAGCUCCACUGACUUCCCUUUGGCUUGGUUUGCGCGUCCGGUUGCUUCGAACAUGAGCUUAUCAUUCAAUCCGAGUUUCAAUUCCGGCAUUCCCGACAAGAAGGAUCUCAUUUUGACAGCCGCGUUAAUUUCCGAGUGCAAAACAGUUCCAUUCGCAGCAACCAGCAGAUUCAAUUUCUCUACUACAUCCAGGAAAAUCUCAUUCUUUUUGUGUUUGAUUCCCUCUGCUCUCCAGGAAACCGCAUUCGUCAAGGCCACAGGAGGUUUACUCUUAGAAUCUUCGGCCAUUCGAUUUGCGUCCUGGGUGAUAAAGGAACGAAGAAUAUUACUAUCUAGUGAUUGUGGCAUACCGUGAUCCAUCGUUUCAUCUAACAAUUCAUAGAUUACCACAAAGUUGUCCCGAAUCGAUUCCUCUUCCAAUGACCCGAAAUAAUCCUUGAAUACUUGUGCCAAACGAUACAAGAAUGUAAAGAUCAAAAACACAUUCGAGUUUUUGGUGGUUACAGCACAAAGAUAAACAUUUUGGUGCUAAAUGCCGCCAUGUACAUUUCGAAAUACCGAUUCCAAAGGAAAAUACCGGUUUAGUGAUGAAAGUUGGAAAUGGAUCCAAAUGGCACCAACGAAUUACGACACUUCAAAAUGACUAACAAUGAAUUGCAUCACAUUUCGACAACACAAUCUUAAUCGGAAAAAUCUUGAAGGGACGUGUAGACGUAGUACUUACUGAUACGUAGACAUAGUGUUCUCCCCCCGUACCGGUUUCCCCAACAUUCUCUCCAGAUUGCACAUCGCCGUUUACGUCUACAUGAAAAACCGGUUUCUUGGCCUCUUCCUCGACGUCGACAAGAUAUGUAGCAAAACGUUCGAUGACCUUAUUCAUUACGACAUCGCCUCGGUAGUUUCGGCUGAUGAUAGCCUUGCCUUGGAGAUCCGUGAUGAAGACAGCCGACGCAACCAUGAUGCUGAAGGUGAUAAAAAUGUGGCAUUUGCAACGGAGAAUCGGCCUCCAGAUAUGACUUUGCGCGUCGUUUGUUGAGAUUGGUUCAAAAAUUGCACCACACUCGAAAAAUGCGAAUAGAAUAUUAGGGGCAGA